GCUGGUCCGCCCGAGACCCCCUGAGCGCGAACCCUAGUCCCCCGCGCGACCCCAUUUCCACUCCGACAAGAUGAAAGAAACGAUCAUGAACCAGGAAAAACUGGCCAAGCUGCAGGCACAAGUGCGCAUUGGUGGGAAAGGAGCUGCUCGCAGAAAGACGAAGGGGGUUCACAGAACAGCUACAGCAGACGAUAAAAAACUGCAGUUCUCUUUAAAGAAGUUAGGGGUGAACAAUAUCUCUGGUAUUAAAGAGGUGAACAUGUUUACAAACCAAGGAACAGUGAUCCAUUUUAACAACCCUAAAGUUCAGGCGUCUCUGGCAGCAAACACCUUCACCAUUACAGGCCAUGCCGAGACAAAGCAACUGACAGAAAUGCUUCCCAGCAUUCUAAACCAGCUUGGAGCAGACAGUCUGACUAGUUUAAGGAGACUGGCUGAAGCUCUGCCCAAACAAUCUGUGGAUGGAAAAGCACCCCUUGCUACUGGAGAGGAUGAUGAUGAUGAAGUCCCAGAUCUGGUGGAGAAUUUUGAUGAGGCUUCUAAGAACGAGGCAAACUGAGCUGAGG